AUGUCAGAUGAAGACGACUUACCAAGCGUUUAUAAUAAUCGACUAUUAAAUAAUCAAGUCGUUAAUGCACACAAACGCGCAAAUAAUGAUGAUUCAUUGAAUUUUCUAAAUAGCAUUAUCAAUGAAUUAUGCGAACUAUAUAAUAAUGAAGUUAUGAAAGGAAAUUCAGCACCAUCAAUUCUUAAUUCGAUAGAUCAUUUUAUAGAAAACAAGCAGCAAACCUCAGAGGAAAUAAUUAAUUUAUGCUUAAAAAACCAAGGGAACCCC